CAUAAACGCCCCCACGUAUCCCACUUCAGGCUUCUGCCAAGCCGGCACUGCACUUCACACCUGCCAACAACAAGCAACGUCUCAUCCUCGCCAAUUUACCAAAAAUAGCGCAAAUAUCCUGUUUGCAGCACAGUAGAAGUUAUAACAGGAUGGCUACGGUAGUAUCGAGAAAUACCUCUCUUGCCACGUCAGCUGGCGGCUUAAUGGCCCUGCUAGACGAGCAGGAGAAAGAACUGCAAGUACACGCUUUAAAAAAGAUAUAUGAGUUUAUAGACCAAAUCUGGCCGGAAGUUUCAGACUACAUCUCAAAAAUUGAAAUUCUGUAUGAAGACACAGCAUUUCCUGAACGUAAUCUGGCUGCUUUAAUCGCCUCGAAGGUUUACUUUUACUUGGGAGAGCACGAAGAUGCAAUGUUAUAUGCGUUAUCAUCUGGUCCCAUGUUUAAAACCGAUGGUAAUGCAGAUUACAAAGAGGCUAUGACUUUAAAAUUCAUUGAUGCUUUUAUUGAGCGAAGCGUCGAGCGUUAUCAUGAUUCUUCUUCGCCUGAGAUUGACGGACGCUUGGCGAAAAUCGUUGAUGAGAUAUUUGAAAAAUGUUAUGCAAACAACGAUUGGCAACAUGUCUUAGGCAUUGCUGUUGAGGCUCACCGUCUUGAUAUUAUUGAACAUGUGCUUACUGCUAGUGGAGAUGAGAGUUUGCGGGCGUACGUGCUCGACCUUGCUAUGCGUGUUGUUCUUAAUAUUGAGUUUCGGAACCGUUUGCUGAAACUCCUGCUAGAGAUUCUCACUCGUGAGGCUAAUCCCGACUAUUUUUCGGUCGGCAAGUGUGUUGUUCAUUUGAACGAUGCAUCUAUUGCUGCUAAAUUGCUUACAGAGCUUCUGUCGAACACCGCAGAAGACAAGAGCCUCCUCACGGCGUAUCAGUUUGCUUUUGAUUUAGAGGAUUCUGCAACGCAAGAAUUCUUGAACAGUGUUACCGAUUUACUUCCUCCACCUCCAAAGAUGAAAAAUGAUGAAAACCCUGAAGGCGAUGAAAAGGUUGACGAGAACUCACCGUGGACUCGUGUACACUCGAUUCUGUCAGGCGAUCAAACUGUGAAAUACCACAGAGAAUUCCUCUAUUCUCAUAAUAACACUGAUAUCCUCAUUCUCAACAAGACAAAAGAUUCUUUGGAAUCAAGGAAUUCAAUUUUCCAUAAUGCUGUUACUUUUGCUAAUGCCUUCAUGAAUUUCGGCACCUCUUCUGACAGCUUUUUCCGCGACAAUCUUUCUUGGCUUUCAAAGGCCAAUAACUGGUCAAAGUUCACGGCUACAGCCGCUUUGGGCGUUAUUCACAAGGGCUACUACAACCAGUCGAUGAACAUCCUCCGGCCUUACCUGCCUGACGACGAGUCACCUUCCACUUCGGUCUACUCAGAGGGUGGUGCCCUGUAUGCCAUGGGAUUAAUUCACGCCAACCACGGUCGUGGAAUCACAGAUUUUCUGCGUGAACACCUCAACCGCGCAGAAAAUGAAGUUGUCCAACAUGGUGUUGUCCUGGGUCUUGGUCUCGCUGGAAUGGCUAGUCAUGAUGAAACUAUCUACGAAGCCAUUAAGAAUGUCCUUUUCAGUGAUAAUGCCGUUGCUGGUGCCGCUGCUGGUAUUGCCAUGGGUUUGGUUAUGCUUGGUACCGCCUCUGCCACUGCUAUUGAUGAGAUGAUCCAAUAUGCUCACGAGACUCAACAUGAAAAAAUCGUUCGUGGUUUGGGUAUUGGUAUUGCCCUCAUCGUUUACGGUCGUCAACAAGAAGCAGAUGCCGUUAUUGAUAGACUGGUAGAUGAUUUAGAUCCCGUUUUACGGUACGGUGGUAUGUUUGCUACCGCACUGGCCUAUUGCGGUACAGGAAACAACAAGCUGCUGAAGAAACUUUUGCACGUGGCUGUUACCGACGUGAAUGAUGAUGUCCGUCGCGCUGCUGUCGCUGCUCUUGGUUUCCUUUGCUUCCGUGAGCCUGAGGUUGUUAUCUCAACAAUCGAACUCCUCGUUGAUAGUUAUAACUCCCACGUCCGUUACGGUAGUGCAAUCGCACUGGGUAUCGCGUGUGCAAACUCUGGAAACGAGGCUGCUCUGGAUUUGCUUAGUCGUCUUGUGGAGGAUGCAGUUGACUUUGUUCGUCAAGGCGCUAUGAUUGCUCAAGCCAUGAUUUUGACUCAACACAAUGACGCUACCUCUCCUCAUUGUGCUAAGGUUCGCAAGCAUUUUGAGCAAGUCAUUAGUGAAAAACACGAGGAUGCUCUUGCUAAGUUUGGUGCUGCUUUAGCUCAAGGAAUUAUCGAUGCUGGUGGACGUAAUGUUGCAUUUGCACUUCAAACCUCGACAGGCAGCUUGAAACUCUCAUCUGUUGUCGGUUUUGCUGUGUUCUUGCAGUACUGGUACUGGUACCCCCUCACACACUUCAUUUCCUUGUCCUUCUCUCCUACUGCGCUCAUUGGUUUGGAUAAGAACUUGCAGGCUCCCAAGUUCUCUUUCGUUUCUAAUGCUCAUCCCAAGCUUUUCGCUUACCCUCCCAAAACAAAGCUUCCUUCCGUUAAAGCCGUUCAAAAGGUUGAGACAGCUGUUUUAUCCACAACCGUUAAGGCCCAGGCUCGUGCUAAGCGUGCUGAAAAGGAGAAGCAGGCUAAGGAAGAGGACUCCGAUAUGAAGGUUGAUGAAAAGGCUGAGAGCGAAGGCGAAACGAAGAUGCAAACAGACAGCGAGCAAACUCCUAGUAGUCCCGAAUCAAAAUCUUCGGAAAAGAAGGAAAGUGCUGACUCAGAAGUGUUACAAAACCUUUCUCGUGUCCUUCCUGCUCAACUCGAAUACAUCACAUUUAAUCCGUCUUCACGGUACUACCCCGUUCGUAAGUUCACGGGUGGUGUCUUAAUGUUGAUUGAUCGCCAGUCAGAGACUGCCCCUGAUCUUAUUGAACUGAAGACUGACUUUAUGCCUACACAAACUGAACCUCAAGAGCAAGAAGCUCCUCCUCCAGAGGAUUUUGAGUACCCUUUCGAGGAUGACGAGUAAACCGAUAAAACGUCCUUUUAGUGAUUCACGAAAUUUAUGAAUUGUAUUAGCUACGGUACUGUCUUGGGUUUAUUCAACAAUAAAAAGUAUGAAUGCUGCAUGUGCUUUAAGGAAUCAGGAUGGAUCUCCAUUUAUCCUAGUGAUGCCAAUUUUGUUUAUAUAUCCGAGUAGUUUUCUAACUGUGUCUGUUUACGUG